ACGACAUUUUAAAUGAGGAGAGCCUGCAACUGCAGUAUCUGUGUCGCCGUAGCCACAGUAUCAGCAAACUUCAGAGGAGUCUCCAGUUUUCAUCUGACAGAGUGAUACCUUCGAGCACAGGUGAAGGAGAUUAAGGCUUUAUCAUUUCGGUUGUUUAAGUGUAUGUUCACCCAGUGUAAGGAUGGAGUUACAGAACAUGUUUGACGUCGUGGCUGCAGUGGAUGCUAGUGGAUUGGGAGUUAUAUCAGCAUUACUGUUGCUUCUCCUGCUGAUUUCACUUACAGCCUGUAAGAGAGGGAACUUACCAGGUCCAUACUGGUUACUGGGUCUUGGCCCCAUUUUAAGCUAUGCUAGAUUUUUGUGGAUGGGUAUUGGUACAGCCAGCAAUUAUUAUAAUAAGAAAUAUGGUUGCAUGACUCGAGUUUGGAUCCAGGGAGAGGAGACGCUCAUCCUAAGCAAGUCAUCUGCUGUGUAUCAUGUUCUGAAGAGCAGUAACUAUGUUGCUAGAUUUGCUAGCAGAAGUGGCCUAAGGUGUAUCGGUAUGGAUGAACAAGGCAUAAUCUUUAACAGCAACAUCCCACUUUGGAAAAAACUACGCACAUAUUUUGCUAAAGCUCUAUCAGGGCCUGGUUUGCAGAGGACAGUUGGUGUGUGUGUUAAUGCCACCAAUAAGCACUUGGAUGUGUUGUGUGAGUUCACGGACUCCUCAGGCCACGUGGAUGCUCUGGAUUUCCUGCGCUGCGUCGUUGUCGAUGUCUCCAACAGACUCUUCCUCCAAAUUCCUAUCAACGAGAAAGAGUUGCUAGUGAAGAUCCACAAGUACUUCGACACUUGGCAAACUGUGCUCAUCCAGCCAGAAUUUUUUUUCCGACUAGACUGGGUGUAUAAAAAACAUCAACGAGCAGCAAAGGAGCUACAGGAUGAGAUGGGGAAGCUUGUGGAGCAAAAGCGCAAAAUCAUCAAGGCCGUGGAAAAACUGGAUGAACCGGACUUCGCAACCGAAUUGAUAUUUGCCCAGAAUCAUGGAGAAAUGUCAGAAGAUGAUGUGAGGCAGUGUGUGUUGGAGAUGGUGAUAGCAGCACCAGACACUCUGUCCAUCAGUCUGUUCUUCAUGCUGGUGCUGUUGAAGCAGAAGCCGGCAGUGGAGCAGAGUAUACUGCAGGAGAUGCAAGGUGUCUUAGGAGGACGCGAGAUGGAAUCAGCUGACCUGCAGAAGUUGUCAGUGAUGGAGAGUUUUAUAAAGGAAUCUCUGCGUUUCCAUCCUGUGGUGGAUUUCAUCAUGAGGCGAGCACUAGAAGACGAUUUCAUUGAAGGCUACAAGGUGGCCAAAGGGACAAACAUCAUUCUGAACAUCGGACAGAUGCACAAGAGCACGGAGUUCUUUUCCAAAGCCAACGAAUUUAGUUUGGAAAACUUUAGAGACAAUGUGCCGAGUCGUUUCUUCCAGCCGUUUGGCUGUGGGCCACGGGCCUGUGUGGGAAAGCACAUAGCUAUGGUGAUGAUGAAGGCCAUACUGGUGACAGUUCUUCUACAGUACACAGUGUGCCCUCAGCCCGGCUGCACCGUCAACACCAUCAGGCAAACCAACAACAUUUCACAGCAGCCCGUCGAAGAGGACACACACAGCCUGGCCAUGAGGUUCAUACCACGCAAAGUCAACCCUGACAAGCAAUAAGCAGCCUAUGGAUUGGGAUGACAUCAGCAUUAAAUAAUUAUAAUUACGUUACUAAUGCUUAGACAAAUUUGUGGCAAAAUCUAAAAAUCUAAAUAAAAAAUUGUGAAAUGAAA